AUGCCACGCGAAGUAGAACCGUCGCUCAGCGAGAGGCAGUUUGUGCUCCAGGCCCUUCAGGAGGGUCUCAGACUCGAUGGCCGCCAGCUUGACCAAUAUCGCCCUUUGAGUCUUACAUUUGGUGACCAGUAUGGUGUCGCCGACGUCACUUUCGGCAAGACGAGAGUACUCGCCAAGGCAUCCGCCGAAGUCACCGUUCCCUAUGCCGACCGCCCCCUCGAUGGAAUCUUCACCAUCGCGACUGAGCUCAGCCCCAUGACUUCUCCCACCUUUGAAGUCAACCGGCCAACAGAAACCGAAGUCUUGCUGUCGCGACUUCUUGAAAAGACAAUACGCCGUUCCGGCGCCCUCGAUACCGAGUCCUUGUGUCUUGUUGCUGGCCAAAAAUGCUGGUCAAUCCGCGUCGACGUCCACGUUAUGUCGCAUGAUGGCAAUCUCGUUGACGCUGCUUGCAUUGCUGUCGUUGCUGCCCUUCGUCACUUCCGGAAACCUGAUACGAGCAUUGAGUCGGGUGUUCUGACCAUCUACACUCCCGCAGAGAGGGAACCGGUCCCCCUUAGCUGGCUGCACACCCCGUUCUGCGUUACUUGGAGCUUUUUCGGCGACGAGGGGGAGAUUGCGGUGCUGGAUGCUACGUGGUUGGAGGAACAGGUCAGAGUUGGCAGCUGCACGAUUUCCAUGAACAAGCACGGCGAGAUCUGCCAGAUUGCGAAGCUAGGAGGAACUCCGGUUGAAGCAGUUUCAUUAUUGCAGUGCACAAGUAUUGCUUUGACCAAAGUGAAGGAGUUUUCAGAUUUGGUGGAUAAGAAGUUGGCUGAGGACUUCAAGAGAAGGAAUCCAGGGGGCUUGCUGAAGGAGCUGAAGGCUGAAAACGACAGGUGA